UAGUAGCAUUAACGCUAUUAACCGAAAGUAAAAUUAAACAGAUAGUUUGGGUGGAUAAUAGAACCCAAAUUUGUGGCAUUCGACGGAAGUUUCAACUGACAAAAAAUAUUGCACACACCGUGUUCUAUUUUUGAGUGCAUUUCGCGCUAUUUUGGCGUUCCCUCCGUAGGCAUGUGUCAAUGACCCCGUUUGGCGGCGUUGUUCACGCAGUUUUGGGGAUUUUGGGGCGAUCUAUGAAGAGCGGCGUAAUAACGUGCGGGCACAAAGGUAUAUAACGGCUGCAUUGCAGAAACAGGAAUUUGAUUUCAUUUAUGGCCUUGGACUUAGGUAUAAGAUUUUUUUUAUAUUUAUGAUCAUUGCUCCAUUAUAGUUAAAGAUUACGCAUUAUAUUUUUCUUUUCAUUGGCCUUCGCGUUUUUUCAUUAAAUAUAAAAAUGCACAUGGCAUUCUAAUUAGAUUUUUAUGAUAAUUAAUGAAACGAACUAAAUUCACUCCAACGGCUCGAUGCAAAGCUUAGCGUUAGCAUACGAAGGCUAGGCGAGGCAACGAUUUUUUUUAUCGGCAUAUUCUAUCGUCUCGACGACGGCGCGCAUCGCGGCGCGCACACAACUGUGAAGGCAAGUAAUAUGCGCUCGCGCACUCACGCACACUCUCGCGCGCGCCCUCCUCAGCGCGCUGCAAUUCGUCGGUCGCGCCGCGCCGCCGCCCCGCGCCGUCGCACGCAAUUGCACUGCACUCCGGGCUCCGUGCGUAAAAAGCGCACGCAGGAGCCGCGGGGGCCGGGGCGGAGGCCCGCGGCCCGCGCGGCUGCACUCGACCCAACAGUCUCUACUAGACGCUCGCAAGAGCACACCGCCCCCACACAGGGCGUUCUUCGCGCGAAAACAACCCCCGAAGUGUUAUAAACUUUUGAAGUGCCGGUGCUGUUUCCCAUGAGUUUUCCGACAAUAACAAUCGCAAUUGGCCUGUAAUAUCGGAUUAUUAACGAGGAAUCACAAUUCCGAAAAAUGGGUAGCAGCGAAGGACAGCAGACUUUCUGUCUGAAAUGGAACCACCACAAAACAAACCUCGUGGAAAUCCUCGAAGCCUUGAUUAAAGUAGAGACCUAUGUGGACUGCACACUGGUUGUCGAUGACCAGGUGACCUUCAAGGCGCAUCGAGUGGUCCUUGCGGCCAAUUCGCCUUACUUUCAGUCAAUCUUAGCUGAUGUUCCGAUGGAUCACUGCAGCAUCCUCUUCCCGGGGGUGAAAGAUUUCGAAAUGCGCGCGCUCCUGGAGUACAUGUACACGGGAGAAGUGAAUGUGACGCAGGCGCAUAUCCCACGCAUCAUGAAAGUCGCGGAACAGCUUGAGGUUAAAGGUCUGUUCGAUAUGACGGAGCUACGCCGGCGGCCUGGCGAGCGCACCCCCGCCGCGUCACCGCCGCGCGUGGUGCCCGCCGCGCCUUCCAGCGUGUCCCCGCCGGCGCCCGCGCCGCCCACGCGCUGGCCGCCACCACCUACACCGCCCGUCCUUUCUGCCGCGUAUGACUCUGUGGAUAUGAACCCCCUCAAGCGCAAGAAACUGUCUAGUAUAAUGGCCACCCGUGACACCCCCAUCCUAAGGAACGUUCUCGCUCAGACUACACCGCCUGACUCCUCCCAACCUGUAUCUCUUGUUUGUCAUCCGGUAAAUCAACACGCGCCUCCUCGUCUUCAUUCCAACGGUUCCGCUCAUGAUUCUGAACGUGCUGCUAGUCCUCAACGCCCCUUCGACUACCGCCCUCGCAGACUAUCUUCUCGUGCCUCAUCUCCACAUUUCAAUAGAUCAGAUCGUUCAGAAGACGCUCACUCCCCUUACACCGAGCGUUCUUUUGAAGAGGAACACCCUCGCUCAUUCCAUCCUUCUCCCCCACCUCCAAACUUCCAACAAGAUGUUCGGGCCGGAUUAGCGCCGUAUGUCCCCCCGCAACAGAAACCAGAAUGGAAACGAUAUAAACAAUAUACUAGAUCUGACAUUAUGUCCGCAAUAGAAUGUGUCAGAAAUGGAAUGAGUGCUCUACAAGCGUCACGAAAAUAUGGCGUGCCUUCACGUACGUUGUAUGAUAAAGUGAAAAAACUCGGCAUAACUACAAGUAGACCUAUGAGCCGCGGCGUCAAGAGGGAGUCAAAUGGCGCCGCGUUUCCAUAUGGUUUAAGCGGUACUGGUGGUGUUGAUGAGGGAUCGCCCGCUACACCAUUAAUUGACCCGUCUUUCUUGCAACAAGCAUUAGAAGGAGCGACCAGAGAUGGCGGACGCGAGGCACUUCACGCAAUGGCUCUAGCUGCCGCUGCGCACGCCGCCUUAGCUCCGCGUACACCCCCGAAGGCCGAACCGCUAUCACCGCGAUCGCCGCUCCCUGAUGACGACCAUGUGGAGGAUCUUUCGGUUUCACGUCGCCGCGAUCCUGAUCCACCAUCUGGUGUCAUCGUGCCACCUCGAAACUUUGCACUAGAUUGCAGUAGUGAGCGAGAUUGAGUCAGAUGGGACGCGGUAACAUGGAAAAAAGACUGACUUUAGGCGUACAAGAUUAUGAAUUAAGGCACUUAUUUGGUAGGCUACUGGUAGGACGCGCCGCGCGCGCAUGCCACGCUGACCGGGAGCUCCGGCCGGGCGAUUGCAAUGGGCCCCGCGGCCAAUUUCAUUCUACCUCUCUUCUUUUCUAUUUAUUUCUUUGCCAUAUCCCGAUAGCGAAAUCAAAUUUCCGUUGGUCGGUAGGCGUAUCCUUUUGUGAUUUUUUGUUUAUUUCUUCUUUCGUUUUUUUUAUGUUUUAUAACAUUUACGUCUUUGUUAAUCAAUAACGAACUAGGCUAGCUUUAAAUAUAAAUUAGUAAUGGUUGUUCUUAGUUGGAUUGGUAACCGUGUAGGGCCGCAGGGCAGGGAGGCAGUGCGUCGGCCCUGCCGCUGCGCUUCGGGCGGGUCUGCCCCGCCUAGACGAGUUAUUGUGCAAUUUUGUUGUCCGCGACUGUGAUGUUUAUAGACUGAAACGCCACCACUACCUCACGCUCGCUACACUCAGCUCUAGUCCACCGCGCCGCGGUCUCCGCGAGCUCAACUCGCCUCGCCACCUACCAGGAGACCAUAAGCACGAGGCGCUCGCGCCUCGCGUUUUGUGCGGCUAGGUAUGUGACGCUUGUCACUGCGAAAAGCGACGUACCUACAUAAUAUAUUUACUAUUUAAAUACAUAAAAUCCUAUGUUACGGGUAGAUUAAUUAUUAUACUGUUUGUCGAUUUGCCAUAAAUGUUCAUUGUUGAUACAUAGAGUUGUGUGCUCACUAUAUAAAUCAUUAGUAAUAUUUUUCUGCACUAGCACGGUCGUUCUUCUAGUUCUAAGAAGUCGAUUUACUUAUAAGAAUGCUCAAUGUCGUAUUUUUAAUAAAAUUUCUCUAAUCUACCUAACUGUUAUUGAGAUUUGCUAUAAUGAAAACAUAGAACAGUACCUACUUGCCUAUACUAUUGAAAGUAUUUUUUCUGGAAUUUAGUAAAUUACCAUAAUUAUCUGCCUAGCGUAGCGUUCCAUGUCUUUAAAAAUCUUAUCAGAGUUACAGAAACACUUAACAGUUAUACGUUAUUUCUAUAAAAAAAAAUCUAAAUAUUAUGUGUUAAUUUGUCAUAUAAUUAAGUUAAUUAUUACACUUUACUUAUUUUAAUUGGAAGACUGAUUUGUUAAUUUAGUCUAGUUUGAAAAUGCCAUAGAUUUGUACUACCUUAUCUACCUUAGUAUUGCAUAGUUGCAUACGAACCUAUUAUAAGUUGAAUCACGUAGAGUGUCGAGCCUUCUCCAGGCCUCACGGUGUUGUGCCUUUGUUUGUUGUAUUCUGUAGUAUGUUAGGACAUUCCAGUAGGUGCACUUUGUGCUCUAUUAAGUUUCAUUUCGAGCACUAGACUUCGUCAAACACGAAAACUCAGAGUUUAAAACUCUAUGCCUAUACCUAGUGUGGAGUCAUGCAAUUGCACGUUUGCUAGUGCAAUGAUAUGCACAUAAAUCACAUGACUCAAAUAAUUUCUAAAAUUUCAAUUGUUUUAAACUUGGGCGAAAGAAAUAUUGUAUAAGGUUAGCAGGAUAAUAUACCUCAUAAUUUUGUUAGUUUGAAUCAGAUGUUAUCCUCUUACCAACUUAGGUAUUAUAGUAUAAAAACCAACUUUUGUGCCUAUACUAUCCUUAUUAAUAAUGUUUAGUUACGAUGUUAUGUAGAAAUAGGUAACCUACCUACAUUUUUAGUCGUGAAUGCAAAAAUGAGUCAUUUCCAAGCAAACAGUCCCACUUUGUCGCUUGCCAUAAGGAUGUUUUGACAGAUUAUUCGUAUAAAGAUACAAGCAAAUCUCGUCCUUAUGGUAAGCGACGAAGUGGGACCUUUGACUAGACUUCGACAUAAUUAUCUUGUAUGUAGGUGUACCUUACAUGUAGUUAAAUAUGUAUCUACAUUAUGUAUAUUAGAUCGAGUUUGUUCUCUCGUACCUUCAUAUUUAAGUAAGAACUCUAUAUUUACAAAUAAUAUAAUGUUAUAAAUAUAAAAUAAACGUUUAAUAUGUCA